AUGUCUAUGAAAAUUUUCACGGGUUUACAAGACUUCUUGGGCAUAUACGAUUCUCCAUCGUCACCAACACCAAUCGAAGAACAACCGCAAACGCCACUGGUUUCUGCAGAGUUGCCACCCUUAAUAGUAACGAAUACAGCUACAUCACCAUGUUCUCUGCCUUCUUCUACACUAUUGACUGAUUCAAAUUCUACUGAAAGUACUAACAUAACGAGCCGCGAUAACUCAAUUAAAUUUAAAACUAAAUCGAAUUUAGAUGAUGCAGAUGCAGUAGAAAAGAUUCGACACUGUUCUCAUAAUCGAAGUGUGCAUUUUCCAGAUAUCAUUGUGACUGAUUUUUAUGAAGCACCAAAAAAUGUUUUCAUAGAAAAAAAAAAUAACGAUGUUUCCGCUAUCGGUAUUGGUUACUUAAAUGCUUGCAAGCGAUUAAUGGUUGAACCAAUUCAAGCUGUUCAGCAACAAAUAUCCUGCUUCCAUCACGUAUUAGGUGUACGCCAAGAGUGUCUUUCAUUAAAAGGUCAUCGUUUGUCACCCAGUGAUUUGGAAUGCUUGGAAGAAAUCUUCAGUAAAGUCCAGUUCGAUAUGCUUGAUUUCGAAUACACUUUUUUGAAUGAUGAUAGUGCUGUGUGCCUGGGAGAAAUGCUUGAAUUUUAUGACUCAGCGCUGAAACUCAAUCUGUCCUUUAAUAAUCAUAUCAAUUUGCGUGGAUGGCAAGCUAUUUGUAAAGCAAUAAAAGAUGUAUAUUUCCAUUCUCCUUACUUGUUUUGUUCGGCACCUUCUAUACAGUACUUGGAUUUACGCUAUACAUCUUUAUCCGAUCGCUCUUUUCCAGUACUGUCUCGUGCUUUACGUUCGCAGUCAUCAUUAACCGUCCUACAUCUCGAAAAUGUUUCUCUUGCCGGAAAGAACUUAAUUUUAAUUGGAUGCGCACUGAAGGAAAAUACAACGCUGCGAGAACUUUAUUUAGGUGAAAAUAAUCUUCAGCCAGCAGAUGGUGCUCAUAUAUACCAACUUAUCAUCACAAGUGUUUCCCUUCAACUGCUUGAUUUGCGGAAUAAUCAGUUGCAAGAUGGUGGUUUGCGUCACAUUUGUGAUGCACUCAAGCAUCGCAGUACAAUAGAAAGUAGCUCAUUGUCAGCACUGGUGCUAUGGAAUAACAAAAUAACACAUAAUGGUAUGGAAUUAAUGGCGCACGCAUUGAAUGAGAAUAAUAAGUUGGAAACACUGAAUAUUGGCAGUAACAAGCUGUCAUUAGAAGGCAUUGCGGCACUAAAACCAGCAUUACAACGAAACUGCACACUACAAAGACUUGGCUUACAAGCAACAAAUCUUAACUGUCAAUGUGCUAUUGUGUUAGCUGAAUGCUUGGCGGAUAAUAAAGUGAUGGUGAGGUUAGAUUUACGAGAUAAUCCACAGAUUGGAUCAGCUGGUUUGUUGGCACUUCAUUUGGCAAUGAAAAUGAAUACGUCAAUGACACUUUUAAAUUUGGACACGACUGCUGCUCGUUCUAGUAGUUCAAAGAUUCAGGAGUACCAAGAGCAAUUCAUGGUCUAUUAUGACGAGAUUAAGAUGUUCUGUGAACGAAAUAAGGAAAUCGCUCUUAAGAAGUUGUCGGCCAAUGCAAAUGUCUUAGAAGAUAAUACUGUUUCUGAAAAGCCUAAUGUAGAAGGUUUUAAUAACGAAUAUGAAGGUGAAUCAGUAAAGGAAGACAGCACAAGGAAGGAGGAUUGGGACGGUAAACCUGAGGUCUUUGAGCAAAAUUCAAUCAGUGCAAAAAAUAAUGCGGUUUGGCUACUAAAUCGAUCGUCGUCUUUAACAUGUGCUGAAACUAUUGAUGAUAUUCCGGAACGAGUAGCGCAAAUGAGUCAUUCGCUUUCUUUGAUUGAAGAAGUACCAGAAAGCGUGACUACAAUCAAAAGGAAUUCUGAUGGAAGCCAUCAUCCAGUGCUGUUCGUUAAACAUGAGUUGUCAAAGUGUCCAUCGUUGCCUUUAAUAUCGGUCUCAAAUCACCAGGAGGGAGUAACAAGUUCAACAGGGAGUAAAAUAUCAAAACGUUUUACUGUUUCCACUUCAAGUUUGAAUGCCACUAAUCCACGGGAUGUUAGUCGUGUCAAAUCACGUUUCAAGGUGGAAAGAAUCAGUACAGCUAUUCAAAAAGCAACGAAAGCGAAAUCAGAUGAAUGUAUACCUUCGCAGUUAUCACUUAAUGAAAGCUCUGCAGAUAAGAGACAAGAGUCAGAGUUCUUGAUUGGAGAUAGCGCAAUUAAAAAGAAAGUUGAAGAUUUGGUGGCAAAAGAGUCCAAUAAAAAGCAUGGAUCGUCAACUAUAAUAGGGCAAGAUUCAAGAAAUCAUGAAGCUGGAAGUGAUGCAGUUUCUGGUACAAAUUCUGGUGAAUUGCUAACAAAUGAAAGGAUCGGACUCGCCGAUGUUUCCCUGAAUUGUGAAGUUGAAACACGGAAUUCAGAAAAUCAGUCUUUUGCAGACACAGAAGUUGAAGGAAAAGAAAUAUGUUGUGAUAUAAGGAUAGAAAAUAAGUCAUCAGAGCAAGUGAUGGUUGUUAAGGAUUACUUUAAUGUUGGACAAAAUGAUUCAUUUUGUGGUAAUAUCCAUUCCUCUUCGGCAGUUACCGUACAGCGGGAACUAAGGCCUAGUGAAUGUCAUAAAGCAGUUGCCAAAGCUAAAGUUUCAGAGCGUUUCGAAUUAGAUCUUGGUAUUAAAAAAUUGCCAGUUAGUAGUGAGAAAUGCUUGAUAAGAUUGGAGCAAGAAGCAAACAAUUCUGAAAGUUCAGCCGUAAUAAAGCCAGUCAUCCUUCUUGAUACGAUACUAGAAAAUCAGAAAAGUGAAACUGAGGUUGUGGUGCGCGAAGUGCUUAGAGAUAUAGUCAACUACGUUGUGUAUGAGAUGGGUGGUGAUGGCUUAAGUGAUUUUCAAAACGUUUCAUAUGUCAGUACUAUCGUCUCAUCUCCUUUAUGUUCGCCUUUUACUUCGAGGAGCUUGGUUAGUACAUCGAGAAAUUUCACCCAUGAUCAAGAAUCAGAUGAAGAUGUGAUACGGGGCAUUACUCGUAGUCUAGUUCGUGAAGUGUUACUCCAUGAAAAAAAAACGCUUAGACUAAAUUUGGAAAAAAAAAGAGCAUCUCUCUUUGUGACCCCAACCGUAAACGUAUCGAAUAGUUAA